AUGGGGCAGACAGAUAUAGCCCUCAUACAGGAACCUUGGAUCCACAAGGAACGUGUAGGAGGGCUAAACACGGGGUGUGGCUCACUCUACUAUGAUGCCACAUCCACAAGGCCCAGGGCCUGUAUCUUCGUUAAAAAGGAGAUAGCGGCCCUGAAACUCAAUGAAUUCUGUACAACUGAUCUUUCAGCGGUUAAGGUUAAACUUAACCUCGGGGGGAAUAUGUCAGAGCAGGUGGUAUGCUCGGCGUACCUGCCGUACGACUCCGAGGACCCUCCACCCGCGAGGGAACUCAGGGUCCUGAUAGAUCACUGUGCUGUCAAUGGUCUGCAUCUGGUGAUCGGGUGCGAUGCCAACUCGCACCACACCGUAUGGGGCAGCACAAACACCAUCGGUAGAGGCACAGCAGUGCUGGAAUACUUCGCCACCACGGGCUUGGAGAUCCUUAACGUGACACACGUCAUUAAACACUGGAAGGUACGGGACGAGAGCUCACUCUCGGACCACCGCCUUAUCACUUUCGAACUAAAAGGCGACAGGGAGGGCGGCACUGGAGAGGCUUACAGUAACCCAAAGGCCACCAUCUGGGCACUCUAUAGAGAGGGCCUGGAAGGGAGGCUAAAGGGGAACUGUCAGCGUCCCAGGACCGUAGGCGAAAUUGAGCAAGCGGUGGAGCAUCUGAGCUCCGCCAUUACUCAAGCCUACGGAGCUGCCUGCCCGACCAGAAUCGGAAACAGUAGCAAAAGUAGUCCCUGGUGGAACAAGAAAUUGGACCAAGCCAGGAAGGACACCCGCAAACUACUGAAUAAAGCCAUUAAGGCCAACUCGGAGCUAGCUUGGGACAACUAUAAAAAGUCUCAGCAAGCUUACAAAAAGUUAAUACGAUCCAGCAAGAGGACGGCCUAG